CUCAAUCAUUCUACUUCCAUCUGCAGGAUCAACACUCUUUCUACUCUUAUUUUCCUUUUCUCCCUCCCUUCCCUUCCCUUCCCUUCCCUUCCAUACACAUCGCAUAGCAAUGGCGAAAUCUAACAUUCUGUUCCUUACCAACAGCGAGUUGGGCCAGGCGACAGUUUGCCUGGCUGUUGCCCAUGAAUUCCUCCUUCGUCCAUCGUACAGCGUUCACAUUGCCUCCUUCUCCCCUUUGCAACCAGCUGUCUCGCGGUUGAAUGUCCGCACACUCACCCUGGCGUCGUCCGCUGCGAGCACAGCAACCUUCCAUACGAUCCCCGGAAGAUCCAUGAUAAAUGUAUUGAUCGGAAGCGGAGCCUAUCAGAACUCCUUCAGCACCCACCAAAUUGGGUUUCACGGUGCUCUGAAAACCUACUCCACACUACCUCGAUAUCUGGCACCAUGGACGGGGGCGGAGUAUAUGGCCAUCUACAAGAGCUGCGUAGAUAUCAUCCAGGAGCUCCACCCGGUUAUGGUCGUUGUGGAUCCUCUUUUCGCGCAGGCUCUGGAUGCAUGCCGUACCCUCAAGUGUGCAUACGUGCAGCUGGGUCCGAAUACUCUCAAAGACCAUGUGAUUCAGCCUAUGCUCGGCAAUCUGUGGAAACUUCCAAUUUUGUGUUCUGGAUACCCGUAUCCCCUGCCCUGGCGCUUGAUCCUGCCGAACGCCUAUCUCGCGGUUAAGCUUGGGCAGGCCCUCAGCCGGUCCCCCAUCCUCAAGGAGCUUAACGACACUCGUCAUUCGCAUGGGCUGAAGGGCGCGUACCCGACGUUAAUGGGGACGUCUGAGGACAAUACCACGCCGCGCUUGAUUCCCUCUCGACCAGAGAUAGACUUUCCAAGUUUCGUCCCCAAGAACUUCACCCUCUGUGGACCAAUUCUUCUCCCCCAUCGCCAUAUUGGUCGAGAAAACCCGGGUCUAGCGCAGUGGCUAUCCCAGAGACCUACGGUCUUGAUCAACAUGGGGUCGAUUGUAUCGUUUAGCGUUGACCAGACCCAAGAGGUGGCAGCCGGUCUCCGCAUCCUGCUGGACGCCAAACCCGAUCUACAAGUUUUAUGGAAACUAAAGCGCGAUAACACGGACAAGGUUGGCGAUUUCCUCGAUUCAAUCUUCGACGAAAUCCGGGAGCCGAUGAUCAACGGGCGCGUCCGGAUCGAGGAAUGGCUCUCCGUUGAGCCCUCGUGUAUUCUCCAGAGUGGCUAUGUGUCAUGCAUGGUUCACCACGGAGGAGCCAACUCAUAUCAUGAAGCUGUUCGGGCUGGAGUUCCACAGAUUGUGCUUCCUGUUUGGUUUGAUACCUACGACUUCGCGGCUCGAGUGGAGUGGCUCGGAAUUGGAGUCUGGGGCAGCAAGAAGAGCGCUCCCGUCGUCAAUGGGGCGGAGCUAGGCCAGGCCCUGACGCAUGUGCUUGCUAGUGAGUCAUCGCUGGCGAUUCAAGAGAAGGCCAAGUCGAUUGCAUUGGCGCUGGGGGAGACUGAAGGACGAGUAGUCGCGUGCGAGAAGAUUCUUGAAUUGAUUGAAGGGUAAAGAAGAUGGCAAUGAGUUGAGUGUGCUCUGCGAGGGAGAGAGAGAGUUACCAAGCGCAACUCCGUGUGAUAACUAGGAGAUUCUUAUUGACUGAAUUGAACCGGUCCAUACGGAGUAUACAAGGCAUGGAAUGUAUUCCGUAGUUCAACUAGUUGAUGCUGAGCGAGCUCGGGGGAAAUCGGCCUAUAAAGUGUCCCAUUGACGGAUAUGACGAUAACAUUGCGGGAAACCUCCGGUGAGAUGUAUAAUAUAGGCCCCAAUCUGACUAAAGAUGGGGUUGAAGUGAUUCAAGAGGAGUGAGUAUAAGAACCGGGGAUUUCCGAGUUCUUUCUUCGUUGUUCGUCCAUAAAAUCACUUAUCACUACAUACAAUGGCAACAGAAACAGUCGCUUGGAUUGGUCUGGGAAACAUCGGCCGGG